AUGCUUGAUGAAAAGGUUCUCAGCCUGCCACACGUGCCGGCGGCGCCCGAAGAUCCUCUCUAUCGUCUGAUGAGGGAAUAUCGAGAAGAUAAAAGCGACAAAAAGAUGGACCUAGGCAUAGGGGCUUAUAGAGAUGAGACGGGGAGCCCAUGGGUCUUGCCGGUCGUCCAGAAGGCUCACGACAUUCUGCAUGGGGACUUCCAAACCAACCACGAGUAUCUACCCAUUAGGGGUCUUGAUUCUUUCUUAACUGCAGCGCAGGCACUUAUUCUGGGGCCAGACAGUCCAGCUAUCGGAGAACAACGGAUAUGUUCCUUCCAAACCAUAUCGGGGACAGGAGCACUUUAUCUCGGCGCUCGCUUCUUCGCACGCUUCCAUUCCGGACUGGAAAAACCAACUGCGUUUAUCUCUAAUCCCACGUGGCCAAAUCAUUAUCAGAUCUUCACCCAGUGUGGACUUGGUGUUGACUACUAUCCCUACUACUCUCCCGGAAAGCAAGGACUAGACAUCGACGCGAUGCUUGAAACUCUGCGGAAUGCCCCCAGGUCGUCCGUGGUGGUCCUCCAAGGCUGCGCCCACAACCCGACAGGCAUCGACCCAAGUCAAGAGGAGUGGAAGAAAAUCGCAGAAGUCAUACGCGACCGGGAUCACUUCCCCUUCUUCGACUGCGCAUACCAGGGGUUUGCAUCCGGAGAUCUGUCGCGAGAUGCAUGGGCCUGUCGCUAUUUUGUGGAGCAGGGAUUCAAUUGCUGCAUUGCACAGUCCUUUGCAAAGAAUCUGGGGCUGUAUGGAGAACGGGUCGGGGCUUUCCACCUGAUAUCUGCUCCGGGGAGAAAUGCGUCGGAUAUCUGCAAUCGCGUUGCGACUCAGCUCGCUCUCCUGCAACGGGCUCAGAUCUCGAAUCCACCUUCCUACGGAGCUCGGAUUGCGGGCCUUGUUUUGAACAACGAGCAGCUAUUUUCCCAGUGGCAGGAUGAGCUCCGUGUGAUGAGCAACCGCCUUUGCGGGAUCCGUGAGGAAAUCCGGGCACAGCUUGAGGCCAGGAGCACUCCUGGUUCGUGGGCCUUUCUAUCAAGUCAGAUAGGAAUGUUCAGUUAUACUGGGCUUUCCAAGUCUCAGAUUCUGUGUUUGAAGCACAAAUGGAACAUAUAUAUGGCCGAGAAUGGACGGAUUUCCGUCGCAGGACUAAAUCCUCAAAACCUCAACUACUUCAUCGAUGCUGUCGAUGACGUUGUACGAUCUUGUACAUAG